GAUGUCUGAGAGCCCUGCUGGAAGCAGCAGAAGAAGAGAGCCGGCGCUGCACACUGAUUGGCUGCAGAGAGGGGCGUGCGGCGGAGCACAGAGAUGGCAGCGGUGACUAGAGGCUCUCUCGGCGCGUUCAGGCGGCUGCUGCUGAGUCAGCAGAGCCGCAGAUCUUUCCAGCUGCAGAGCUUCAGAUGUGACAGGACUCUGCAGCCAAUAACCUUCAGGUGUGACAGGAAGCUCCAGGUGUUCAGCUGCAGAGGGCUGCAUGUCGCUGUGGUGAAUCAAGGACCUAUCGUGCAAUUCAAACUGUCUGACAUCGGUGAGGGAAUCAUGGAGGUGACCGUCAAGGAGUGGUACGUAAAGGAAGGAGACAAAGUUUCUCAGUUUGACAGCAUCUGUGAGGUUCAGAGCGACAAGGCAUCGGUCACCAUUACCAGCCGCUAUGAUGGGGUCAUCAAAAAGCUCUACUACGAUGUAGAUGCCACGGCCUUUGUGGGAAAACCGCUGGUGGAUAUUGAAACAGAGUCUGGCUCAGAGGUGAUCCAGGAGGAGGACGUGGUAGAGACGCCUGCCAUUGCUCAAGAAGAACACACCCACCAGGAGAUCAAAGGUCACAAGACGCAGGCCACGCCUGCAGUUAGACGCCUCGCCAUCGAGAACAAUAUAAAGCUCAGUGAGGUGGUGGGGACUGGCAAAGAUGGUCGGAUCCUGAAGGAGGACAUCCUGAACUUCCUGGCGAAGCAAACAGGAGCCAUCUUGCCUCCAACACCUUUCCAGGAGAUUCAGACUCCGCCCCCGGCCCCUGCUGCUGCUCCUGCUGCUGCCAAGCCUGUGAGCACUAAGGCGGCUGUGAAACCUCCACCCGCUACUCCUAAACCUGUCUUCACUGGCAAGGACGUGACGGAGCCCCUCAAAGGUUUCCAGAAAGCGAUGGUGAAGACGAUGACUGUGGCGCUGAAGAUUCCUCACUUCGGUUACUGUGACGAGGUUGAUCUGAGUCGCCUGGUGGCUUUGAGGUCAGAGCUGAAACCUCUCGCCGAGAGUCGUGGUGUCAGACUGAGCUACAUGCCCUUCUUCAUCAAGGCUGCCUCCCUCGGUCUCCACCACUUCCCAAUCCUCAAUGCCUCGGUGGAUGAGGACUGCCAGAACAUCACCUACAAGGCGUCCCACAACAUCGGCCUGGCAAUGGACACAAGUCAGGGUCUGCUGGUUCCCAACGUGAAGAAUGUCCAGCUGCUCAGCGUGUUAGAGAUUGCCCUUGAGUUGAACCGCCUGCAGGUACUCGGAGCAUCGGGUCAGCUGGGCACUGCCGACCUGAUGGGGGGCACUUUCACGCUGUCCAACAUUGGAUCUAUCGGAGGCACGUACGCCAAGCCCGUGAUCCUCCCACCCGAGGUCGCCAUCGGCGCGCUAGGAAAGAUCCAGGUGCUGCCGAGGUUCGACGCUGCUGGUCAGGUGGUCCCAGCUCACAUCAUGAAGGUCAGCUGGUCAGCGGAUCACCGCAUUAUCGACGGCGCCACCAUGUGUCGCUUCUCCAACCUGUGGAGGGAGUACCUAGAGAACCCGGCCAGCAUGGUGCUGGACCUCAAAUAAACAGUUUCCCAAUCAGCCCCGGGGAGGGCGGGACACCACGCUAACAGACCUCACUGCUCCGCCUCCUUCUCCUCUCCCUGCCUUCACUUCCUGUUUCUGUCUGAGGCCUUAAUGCCAAAUGUCAUUUCCUUUUUGCCUUUAAGCAAGGCACUGUGAGGAGAGGAGAAGGGGUCAGCCUAUCAGAGGGCAUACACAGUGUGAACUGGGGUCAUGAUUGUGGGUUCUGCAGGUCCAGUCUGGUGGAAAUGACCAGAAACAGGAAGUGAGUUCCUGUCGAGUUCCUGCUCUGGAGCCUCAGGAGAUAAAUCGAGACAAUUUGCCUUUUUUAAAAUUAAUGCAGGUUACUGCGUUUUAAUGCAUUAAAAUCACAGACUGUAUAUAAAAGAUGGCUACCAUGCUAUCACCCAGCAGUUAGUGACACCUUAAAUUGGGUUUUUAACAAUCACCAUCAGUCACAUGAAGCCCCGCCCUAAAUCCUUACCUGCUUCCUGCUCCUUUACUACUCUAAUUAGACCAUCUCCUCCGAAAUUAACUUCCUGUUUUCUUCACCAAAACACACCAGGACCAUGAGCUGAGAGAUCAUACUCUCAUAGACCUCAGGCAAGUCACCCACUGCUGGAUGUUAGAGAGAAUGCAGGUUUAAAUUCUCUGUCCAUCUUUUAUAUACAGUCAAACGCUGCAGAGCAGUUGUUGUCAGGUGUCCAGGUGAGAUGCUCAAGUCUGAGAUGAGCUGGAAGAUGAGGGGAAACACCUGUAGCUGCACAGUGAGCGUGUCAGAUGGUUUCACUCAGAGUUGAGAGCAGAUUUAAAUAAACUCAUGUGAUCGUGAUGUCAUCCACAGAAUCUUACCUGCAGACACCUGAUGUCCUGUCACUGUUAAAUAAUAAUAUUCAUUUUCACUCUGUCUGAAUUUCCUCCGCCAAGGCCCAGUUUUAACACGGGCUGUUCCAUCUUGCCCACACGAAGCCCGACCCACCGGGUUCAGGUUAAACCUGCAGACUGCGUCCGCACGUACGCUUACCCUCGGAGGAGCUGACUCGAUGGUUUGUAGCUGCCCUGAAACUCUAAAAUCCUGAGCAUUAAACUCCAUAUAUUCAUGUACUGUGAAAUCAUGUGACCAAGCGUGAUCGAAGCAAACGUUGCUGGAUCGGAUCAUGCUCGUGUCAGUUGGAUCAGUCAGGCAAACUCAUUGUCGGUCGGAUGGUGAUUGCAGUUUUCUCUGCUGCUGAGCAAUCCGUGGUGUGCUCACAUCAUCGCGGGGGUUUGUGAGCAGUGCCAUGGUGUUUUUAGUUCAUUUUGUCAAUCUGGUUCUGUUUGAUUAUAAAAUCCUCCUCACAGUCCCGCUCAUGAGCCUUGACCACGUUUGAAUUGUGACCAAUGCAGGAAACUGUUGGUAUCAUGCGAGCGCACCAGUGGGAAUGACAGUUAUUGUCAGUGUGGAGGGGGGGGGUUUGUGUCCUUGGGCUGACACCAUUAACCCUCUGAAGCUGCUGCUGUGGAGCUCUUCCUGUUGACCUGACUCCGUUAUUUUUGCUCGUCGUAUUUAUUAGUGACUGUUACUGCAGACCGCACUGAGAGUCUGCCAGCUGUUAAACUCCAUCUUCUCAGCAUCUGGAGCAUGGACACGGCAAAUAAUCUGAGAUUAGAGUUGAAAUUAAGGAUUAUGGUUCGUUUUAAAUGUAAAUGGUGUUAUGUGGGAUUUUCUUUCCCCUCCUCCUGCACAGCUUCACACUGCACUGGAUCUUUUAUUUCGGGAAUUUCUUUGUGCUUUCAAAAAUAGUAAGAAUUUCUUUUGUUAUAUCAGGUUUAUAAGGCUGAAUUGGGUUAAAUUCUGUCGGUAACGCCAGUCCGGACCUUCAUUAUGUGUCUCGGGCAGAAGCGCGCCGACUUUGGACAUCAGAGCAGGAAGCUGGUUUCAAUUAAACCUCGGCUAUAACCUGAUAACUAUAUCUGAGGUGAUGGAGCCAUGAUGUAGCGCUGCAGAGUUGUUGGUCGGUCCUCCUGGACUUCCUCGCUGUCCUGGUGGCUGCUGGGUAAAGAGCACUGUGUCGGGUUAUGUUGGUGUCACGUCGUCUUCUUUUUGUUAGCGUCGUCGGUUUUAGCGACAGAUGAAAUGUAAACGUGUAAAAAGUGUUUUGUAUGUUUGGGAGUGGGUCGGAUUCAAAAUGUGUGAAACUCAAUAAAACCUCUGAAUACAGCUGAA